AUGGCACUACGAAAGAUUGUAACUGUGACGGGAGGAAAUGGUGGAAUCGGCUAUGAGACUGUCAAAGCUCUCCUCGGAUCUGACAAGUCAUACCAUAUCUUAAUGGGUAGUCGAUCCCUAGAUAAGGCCAAGAUCGCUAUCGAAACUCUCCGCAGCGAAUGUCCUAGCGCAACCAACACUGUUGAACCAGUGCAAGUCGAUCUUACUAGCGAUGAGUCUAUUGAGACUGCGUACAAGCAGGUUGAGACAAGACAUGGUCGCAUAGAUGUCCUGAUCAAUAAUGCUGGAGCAACAUUUGAUAUCGAGUACAUAUCCGGCAAGGUCUCUCUUCGUGAAUGCUUCAAUAAAGCAUACGAUGUCAACGUGGCAGGCACGAAUGUAAUGACAGCAACAUUCAUACCCCUUCUCCUGAAAUCACCAGACCCCCGCCUGAUCUUCGUCUCUGGUCUAUCCGCUAUCAACCAAGCCAGUGAAUCAUACUUCCCGACACCUCCUCAGCCAGCAGGAUGGCCUAAGCAAAUCGACUUCGAGACUAUCGGAUAUCGUUGUAGCAAGACUGCUCUGAACAUGCUGAUGCUCGAUUGGAAUCACAAGCUACAGGCUGAUGGUGUCAAAGUCUGGGCUGUUGGGCCGGGUAUCCUAGCUACCAAUCUGGGAGGAAUUCCAGAGAAAGCCAAGGCUAUGGGGGCGAAACAUCCUAGUGUUGGUGGGGACUUCUUGAAGAUGGUUGUUGAGGGUGAGAGAGAUUCAUCGACUGGGAAACUUGUGGCGAGGUCCGGGGUGAUGACCUGGUAA